CUUUCUGAACCAGGAUAUUGCGCUCACUCUCGCCGCCGCCUGUACCAUCUCUCUGAAUUUUCCGGGAUUUUUAACUCCAAAAACGGAUUCUACAAUUCCACUUCUGUCCGAUCAAUUGGCGCCUACCACGAACUUCUCCAGAACUCUUGUUUUUCCACUUUAGCAUCCAAUGGAAAAGGAGAGGAAUCCAAAAAUUCGAAUCAGAAUGGAGGUGAUCGUUCGUGGAUUGAUGUUUAUUUGCCGGAGAAAGCACGGCCUUACGCGAAUCUUGCUCGGCUUGACAAGCCAAUCGGGACUUGGCUUCUGGCUUGGCCGUGUAUGUGGUCCAUUACCAUGGCAGCAGCUCCAGGGAGCCUUCCAGAUAUUAAGAUGAUGAUGCUUUUUGGUACAGGGGCAUUGCUUUUGCGUGGUGCAGGGUGCACUAUUAAUGAUUUACUUGAUAGGGAUAUCGAUACUAAGGUAGAAAGGACAAGGUUGAGGCCCAUUGCUAGCGGCGUGCUAACACCAUUUCAAGGAAUUUGUUUUCUUGGUUUUCAGUUGCUUCUGGGCUUGGGGAUUCUUCUGCAACUGAACAAUUUUAGCCGUGUUUUGGGAGCUUCAUCUUUGCUGCUCGUCUUUUCAUACCCUCUGAUGAAGAGAUUUACAUUCUGGCCUCAGGCCUAUCUUGGUUUGACAUUUAAUUGGGGUGCUUUGCUUGGCUGGGCCGCUGUUAAAGGAAGUCUUGAUCCUGCUGUUGUACUCCCUCUUUAUGCUUCCGGUGUAUUUUGGACACUUGUAUAUGAUACAAUAUAUGCACAUCAGGAUAAAGAAGACGAUCAGAGAGUGGGUGUCAAAUCAACAGCCUUGAGAUUUGGGGACUCAACCAAAGAAUGGGUUACGGGCUUUGGAAUAGCAUGUAUUGGUAGCCUUGCUCUUAGUGGAUAUAACGCUAAUCUUGAGUGGCCAUAUUACACAUUCUUAGCUGCUGCAUCUGCCCAAUUAGCUUGGCAGAUAAUGACAGUGGACCUUGCAAAUCGUGCUGAUUGCAACAGAAAAUUUUGUUCCAACAAGUGGUUUGGCGCUAUUGUUUGCAGUGGGAUUCUAUUUGGACGACUGUUAACCUGAUGGUAUAGGUAGCUUUCCACAAAGCAAAUGGCGGAGGUUGAUUACAUGAAGAAAUGGGACUUCACUAUUACAUUAUUGUGGUCAAAUUGCGUCGCAUGUAUCACAAAAACAGGAUGUCAGCAUACGAAUUCUCUCGCCUUCUCAACUAUACAGAUACAAAUAGGAAUUUUUCAUCACCUUUUGGUUUUCAAUUUAGUGAACAGUAGAAGACUACAUUAGCUUACAGCAAACCUGGAGACUGUAACCUUACACUACAGAGAAAACGCUAGUAACAGAGGUACUUUUGAAGGUAAUUUCACAAGUGCGAGACAUUAUUUGGUAGCAGCUGGUGGAAAUUAGUAGUACCACCAAGAUAGUAAUGCAGAGGUGCACAGGUGUUCUAUUUGACACGUGUGUACCAUACUGGAUUACUGCUGUUGUAAUAUUCACUUGCUCAUGGCGGUACCAGUGUCUGUAUAGAAGGUCAGAACCAUUUAGUUUCUUCUUCAAGCAAUAUUAUUUGUAAUUCAAAGAUACAUAUCUUGUUGAUCUACCUAAUAUUUGAUUCGUGGCAUCGUCAUGAAGAGACUAGAAGAAUUAUUGUACCUCUGGUGGGUUUUUGGCAACA